GUGGUACUGCCCCGCCCGGGCGGAGUGUUUAUUGUUGUCAUGUCUGGGAAACCUGUGCACCGCACGCCGUCCCGCUCAGCUCUCCGCGCUGCGCCUCUCUCCAUCUUUUAGAAGCUGUGCGCUGUCUGGGUUUGCUUUUAACCGCACCAGCAGUCUGACCGAGCUGGCCCAGCUCUCUCUCUCUUCCAUUCUCAUCUCACCCCAGGAGAAUGGAUGUGUCUUCACCGUUUCUCCCUUCGUCUUUUCACGGUUUUGCUGUCCUCAUCUCAUUUGGAGGAAAGGUCAAAAACUCAAAAAUGUUUUCAUAGCAAUAUAAAACAGUUCAUCCCAUGAUCUUCUUUUUCUCUUAAUGUUUCCCCCUUAGAAUUGGGUUAUAGAGAACCACAGUAACAACUAAUAUGUAGCAUAUUUAGAUAAUCUAGGGAUAUGGUGCUUUCCCCAAAUAAGCUCAUUAAAUGUACUUGCUGUUCACUGUAGAUAUUCACUUGGUUGCCAGUUUCACUUAUUACUUAGUUCCUUCUCUGUUAGCCAAAUUUAGUGCAAUUGCCUUCGAAAGCUAUUUGAAGAUUAUCAAAUAUCUUAAAUUGAAGAGUAGAAUGCCACUUAAAAGAAUUCUAAAAUUAUCAGUGAGGUUUAUUGAUAAGUGACGAAGUGAACGGACAAGGAGAAAUCAAGCUGAGGAGCAGCAGCGCUACAAUGGGGAAUCCAGAAAACAUAGAAGAUGCAUAUGUUGCUGUUAUUCGUCCAAAGAAUACUGCCAGUCUAAAUUCCCGGGAAUACAAAGCCAAGUCAUAUGAAAUUUUAUUGCAUGAAGUUCCCAUUGAAGGGCAGAAAAAAAAGAGAAAGAAAGUUUUAUUGGAAACUAAACUUCAAAGCAACAGUGAAAUAACACAAGGCAUAUUGGAUUAUGUAGUAGAGACCACCAAACCAAUUUCUCCUGCAAACCAGGGUAUCAGAGGAAAACGAGUAGUACUACUGAAGAAAUUUCCUUUGGAUGGGGAGAAGAUGGGCAGAGAAGCAGCAUUAUUUAUUGUUCCAUCAGUUGUCAAAGAUAAUACUAAAUAUACGUAUACUCCAGGAUGCCCAAUUUUUUACUGCUUACAAGAUAUUAUGCGAGUCUGUAGUGAAUCCAGCACUCACUUUGCUACUCUUACAGCAAGGAUGUUAAUAGCCUUGGAUAAGUGGUUAGAUGAACGUCAUGCACAAUCUCACUUUAUUCCAGCUUUAUUCCGACCAUCUCCUCUUGAGCGGAUAAAAACUAAUGUCAUAAAUCCUGCAUAUGCUACUGAAUCGGGUCAGACAGAAAACUCACUACAUAUGGGCUAUAGUGCACUAGAAAUAAAGAGUAAAAUGUUAGCCCUAGAGAAAGCAGAUACCUGUAUUUACAACCCUUUAUUUGGAUCAGAUCUUCAGUAUACAAACAGGGUUGAUAAAGUGGUAAUAAAUCCAUACUUUGGUCUAGGAGCUCCAGACUACUCAAAAAUCCAAAUUCCCAAGCAGGAAAAAUGGCAGAGAAGCAUGAGCAGUGUCACAGAAGACAAGGAACGACCAUGGGUAGAUGAUUUUCCUCUCCAUCGAAGUGCCUGUGAAGGAGAUUCAGAAUUAUUAACUCGUCUUCUCAAUGAAAAAUUUUCAGUCAAUCAGUUGGAUAAUGACCACUGGGCGCCCAUUCAUUAUGCAUGCUGGCUUGGAAAGGUUGAGGCCACUCGCAUAUUGUUAGAAAAAGGAAAGUGCAAUCCAAACCUUUUAAAUGGACAUCUUAGUUCUCCUCUUCAUUUUGCUGCUGGUGGGGGACAUGCUGAAAUAGUACAGAUUCUCUUAAACCAUCCAGAAAUUGACAGACACAUAACAGACCAACAAGGAAAAUCCCCUUUAAAUAUUUGUGAAGAAAACAAACAAACUAAUUGGGAAGAAACUGCAAAAUUGUUGAAGGAAGCCAUUAACAAACCAUAUGAAAAAGUUCGAAUAUACAGAAUGGAUGGAUCAUACCGUUCUGUUGAACUGAAGCAUGGAAAUAACACCACAGUACAGCAGAUAAUGGAAGGAAUGCGUCUCUCUCAAGAAACACAGCAAUAUUUCACUAUUUGGAUCUGUUCAGAAAACCUCAGCCUUCAACUCAAACCAUAUCAUAAACCCUUGCAACAUGUUCGGGACUGGCCAGAAAUACUGGCUGAAUUGACUAAUUUGGAUCCCCAAAGGGAAACACCACAGCUUUUCCUAAGAAGAGAUGUGAGACUUCCUUUGGAAGUUGAAAAAAAGAUUGAAGACCCACUAGCUAUUCUUAUUCUCUUUGACGAAGCCAGAUAUAACUUAUUGAAGGGCUUUUAUACAGCUCCUGAUGCCAAACUGAUAACAUUAGCAAGUCUGUUGUUGCAAAUAGUUUAUGGAAAUUAUGAGAGUAAGAAGCACAAGCAAGGUUUCCUAAAUGAAGAAAAUCUAAAAUCCAUUGUACCUAUUACCAAAUUGAAAAGUAAGGCACCUCACUGGACAAAUCGAAUACUUCAUGAAUACAAGAAUCUUAGUACAAGUGAGGGUAUCAGUAAAGAAAUGCAUCACCUUCAGCGCAUGUUCUUACAGAAUUGUUGGGAAAUUCCUACAUAUGGAGCAGCUUUUUUCACAGGACAGAUAUUUACAAAGGCAAGCCCCAGCAAUCAUAAAGUCAUCCCUGUGUAUGUAGGAGUGAAUAUAAAAGGACUUCAUCUCCUCAACAUGGAAACUAAGGCUUUACUCAUCAGUCUUAAGUAUGGCUGUUUUAUGUGGCAAUUGGGAGAUGCUGGUACAUGUUUUCAGAUCCAUAGUAUGGAAAAUAAAAUGAGCUUUAUAGUACAUACAAAACAGGCUGGCCUCGUGGUGAAACUGUUAAUGAAGCUAAAUGGACAGUUGAUGCCUACCGAAAGAAAUUCUUGAGAGGAAAGCAACUGAUACUUAAGCCACCACAUUUUGUGAUACAGACUUUUUUCCAUGAAAGAUUUCUUAAACUAUGAUUUUUAACAAGGCACUAUGUCUCUUGUAAUAUAUACGUAUACUAUUAUGUUGUACAGAAUCUGUACUUAUGUUUGGUGUGUAAUAUACCAAUUACUUUUAUAUAAUAUCCUCAUAAACUAUUCUAAUUUUUCAGAGAAACGCAUGAAAGAGUAGAGGUUGAUUGCCUGGAUAAUGUUAGACAAAAUAGUAAUCUUUAUAAAAAGUUAUUUUUGGUAAAUGGUAAAGAAUUUAGAAGAAAUGUGAUGAAAUUAAAAUACAUAUAGCUUUGCUAUAACUUUGUGUGUCAUUUCAAAACAUACUUUAAUGUCAACAUGAUUUUAAUAAAGAAAUGUAUUUUCUAUUUAA